AUGAAUGGACAUAUAUCAAACACCCCUCCUGGUGGAUAUGGAAGUUAUUUUCCUCAAAUGAAUGGCUAUGGCUCCCCAACAUUUUCUCAGGCGGAGAGGGAGCAGAAUUCAAGAACAAGUGCAAAAGCUCUUUAUGAACAAAGGAAGAAUUAUGCACGAGACAGUGCCAGCAGCAUAUCCGAAACUUCCCAGUAUCACGUAGAGCACUUGACCACCUUUGUUCUGGACCGAAAAGAGGCAAUGAUUACAGUAGAUGAUGGAAUAAGAAAGCUGAAAUUGCUGGAUGCCAAAGGCAAAGUGUGGACUCAAGAUAUGAUUCUUCAAGUGGAUGACAAAGCUGUCAGUUUGGUGGACUUGGAAUCAAAGAAUGAACUGGAGAAUUUUCCCUUAAGCACAAUUCAGCAUUGCCAAGCUGUGAUGAAUGCAUGCAAUUACAAUUCAAUUCUUGCACUGGUGUGUAAAGAACCAACCCAAAACAAGCCUGAUUUGCAUCUUUUCCAGUGUGAUAAGAUUAAGGCCAGCUUCAUUCAUGAAGAUAUUGAAAGUGCAAUCAGCGACAGCAAAAGUGGGAAACAGAAGAAGAGGCUUGAAACACUGAGAAUGAUCUCCAAAGCUGAAAACGCCAUCCCCCCGCCCCCACGGGCACCUGCCCCUGUGCCACCUGGGACCAUCACCCAAGUGGACGUGAGAAGCCGCGUGGCAGCGUGGUCGGCGUGGGCUGCUGAGCAGGGUGACUUUGAAAAACCUCGACAAUACCACGAUCAUGAAGAAACAGCAGAGAUGAUAGCAGCCAGGAUUGACAGAGAUGUUCAAAUUCUGAACCAUAUUUUGGACGACAUCGAGUAUUUUGUUACUAAGCUUCAAAAAGCUGCUGAAGCAUUUGCUGAACUUUCCAAGAGGAAGAAGACUAAGAAAAGUAAAAAGAAAGGACCUGGAGAGGGAGUUCUUACUCUCCGUGCAAAACCACCGCCUCCAGACGAGUUUGUUGACUGCUUCCAAAAAUUUAAGCAUGGCUUUAAUCUUCUGGCCAAAUUAAAGUUCCAUAUCCAGAAUCCUAGUGCAGCUGAGCUGGUUCAUUUUCUCUUUACCCCACUACAUAUGGUGGUACAGACAACAGGUGGUCCAGAGCUUGCUGGUACAGUCCUCAGCCCCCUCUUAACAAAAGAUACUAUAGACUUCCUGCGAUACACUGUCACCAGCGAGGAAGGACAGCUAUGGAUGUCAUUGGGUGACACAUGGACCAAAGCCAGAGCGGAUUGGCCCAAAGACCAUUUUAUUCCACCUUACGUCCCCCGUUUCCGAAACGGUUGGGAGCCUCCUUUGCUGAACUUCAUGGGGGCUCCCAAGGAGCAGGAACUCAAUCACUUGGCUGAGUCCGUGGCAAACGUUGCAGAGCAACAACGGAAGCAAGAAAUGAAAAGACUUUCAACUGAGCCUCCCAGUGUUCCCGACUACCCUCCAUCCGAUGGGUAUGCAUUCAGUAACACAGUGUACAAAAGAGGGCCUCUGCUGGACCAGGGGGCGGCGGUGGCUGCCUUUAAGCAAACUGUUAGCCGCCAUGUAGAUAGAAACUAUGAAGCACACAGUAAAGCCCAGACCAAGAAAUAUGCCAAAUGCAAGUAUGAAUUUAUGGCAAGAAACAACAGUGAACUUUCUGUCAUGAAAGAAGAGAUCGUAGAGAUUCUGGAUGACAGAAAGCAGUGGUGGAAGGUUCAGAAUAAAAGUGGCAGCACAGGCUUUGUGCCAAACAACAUUUUGGAUCCUCUGAGGAACCAAGAAGGUGGUCUAGGAUGGCCAGAGCCUGCAUACACCCGCACCAUCCAGCUGUUGAUGCCAAAGAAGGAGUUUGAAUUAUUUAAGAAACAAAGGACAGACUAUGUUGCAAAGCAGCCCGAACCAGUUCCUGCUACGCCUUCUCCACCUCCAACACCAGCUCCUGUCCCUGUGGCUGUCCCUCUCCCUCCCAGUGCACCAGCACCUAUCCCGGUUACUGUGCCCAAAGCGCCAGCUGCCAUCAGCCGCCAAAGCAGCACCUCCAGCGACAGCGGUGGCAGUGUUGCACGAGACACACAGAGGCAGAAGCAAAUUCCUGUGGAUCGCAGGAAAUCGCAGAUGGAGGAGGUGCAGGAUGAACUCGUUCACCGGCUCACCAUCGGCCGGAGCGCAGCCCAGAGGAAGUUCCACGUGCCACGACCAAACAUCCCGGUAGUUAACAUCACCUACGACUCUUCACCUGAGGAUGUGAAAGCCUGGUUGCAGUCCAAAGGAUUCAACCCUGUGACUGUCAACAGCCUUGGUGUGCUGACAGGUGCUCAGCUUUUCUCCCUCAACAAAGAGGAACUGAGGACUGUUUGCCCAGAAGGGUCUCGAGUCUACAGCCAAAUCACGGUACAGAAAUCUGCCUUGGAGGCUAACAGUGGUAGCUCAGAACUGCAAGAAAUUAUGAGAAGACGACAAGAAAAAAUCAGUGCAGCUGCCACAGAUUCAGGUGUGGAAUCCUUUGAUGAAGGAAGCAGCCACUAAAUGUCUCCUCUUUUCUUCA